AACAGAAGGGACCGUUAAAAGACCUGUAUUUCCAUAUUAACUGCUAUCUCUACUCUCUUUCCCUUUUCUUUUGCAGAAGAAAAGAGUUAAUUAUUUUUUUUAAAAAAAUUAUUCCUAUAAUUUGUCCUUCUCUUCGAUGAGUUGUGGAAGUGGAACAAUCCUCGGUCUCUCAAGUAUUGCUACUACCCGACUUCCUAACUUCAAAUUCUGUACUCGAGUACUAUGCCCAUUUUCUCGCUUCUCCCUGUUUGCUGGGAAUCAUCAGCUUAGCACAACCAGACAGCGUCGUUUUUCUCCAAAUGCUACCUCCCUUGAGCUGCCUCUUCUUCCUUUUAACAUGGGCGAGGUUCUGGUUCCAUCAGAGAGCAAGACUCUGCAUUUAUAUGAAGCUAGAUAUCUAGCUCUGCUGGAAGAGUCUUUGUUGAGAAAGAAGAACCUUUUUGUGCAUUUUGUGUUGGACCUUAUUAGCAGCUCAGGAACUGAAGCAUCUUUUGCAGCCAGAUAUGGCUGUUUGGUUAUCAUAGAAAAUGUAAGGCUCUUUGAAAUUUUAAAAACUUUUCGUGCAUUUGGUGUUGGACCUUUAUUAGCAGCUCAAGGAAACUGA